GCCCAGCGCCUCCGCGCACCGCGAUGACGUAGCCACCACCCAUUGGUCUUCCCAUGAGGGUCCCACUGAUUGGCUGCCCCGGAGGAGGCUGCCCAGACGCCCCGCCUCCGACCCUGCGGGACGCCCCCAUUGGCUGGCGGCCGGCGUCUCCCUCGCGGCGGGAGAUUUGCGGAGCCCGCGGCCGCGGGGCGAGCGCCAUGGAGCGACUGCGGGACGUGCGGGAGCGGCUGCAGGCUUGGGAGAGCGCGUUCCGGCGGCGGCGCGGGAGGCGGCCGGGCCAGGAGGACGUGGCGGCGGCGCCUGAGGAUACCCGGGCGCUCUACCGGGAGUACCGCGCCCUGAAGGAGGCCCUGAAGGAGGCAGAAGGGGUCGGACCCCGCGGCCCCAAGCAAUCGCUUUCCGUGCAGGCAGAGGAGGUGCCAGAACCCAGCUGCUGGGGGCCCCAUUUGAAUCGGGCUGCGACCCACAGUCCACAUCCUCCUCUUUCUGGGCCAAGCCGGCCAGGGUCUGUGCGGGACUACGGGGAGAGGCUUAAGGCCAACCUCAAGGGCACCCUGCAGGCUGGGCCAGCCCUGAGCCGCAUACCCCGGACUCCACGAAGACCCUCGUCCGAGAUGCCCACCCCAAGGCCACCAGGUGCAGGGGCUGCCCUCAUCUCUCCAGAAGAAGUCAGUGAGGUGCCCUGGCAGCCUGCUGGGCCCCAGCUGAGGCCGGGCUGCCUCCAGCAGCUGCAGGCAUCCUUGAGCCUGCGACUGGGCUCCCUAGACCCUGGCUGGCUGGAGCGGUGUCACAAUGGGGCCCCAGAUUUUCUGGGGGCUUCCAAGGCCUGCCAGCCUAACUUGGGUGUAGAGCAGUCACAGUCUCUGACUUCAUGUGUCCCAUCUGUCCCUGGUCCCAGCACUAGCCCUGAGGCUCAAGCCCUACAGACAGCUGGAGUCAGUGUAGGGAGCCCCCAACCUGGCGACAGUCGAGACAAGAGGUGGACACGGAAUAGGGAGCCAGAGGGGAGCCCUGCACAGGCCCAGCAAGACAGUGGCCAAAUGGGACCCCUGCCUGAGGAAGCUGGGACUGCAGAACAUGCAGAAGACCCUUCGGGAAAACCCCUGUGGGCACAGCGCCCCGGUGGCGCCACAGCCUCCAGAGUAGCUGUGCGGAACGGAGGUAAUUACGUGCGGCUCAACAUGAAGCAGAAACGCUACGUGCGGGGCCCGGCUCUCCGUGGAAGGCUCCUCCGCAAGCAGAUGUGGAAGCAGAAGUGGCAGAAGAAAGGGGAGCAUUUUGUAGGUGGUCGGCCCAGAGCCACACUCAAGAAUUCUUGCUUCCGGUGUGGGCAGCUAGGCCACUGGUCAUCCCAGUGCCCCCAAGCAGAGCAUACCCCAGCCCCCCAGAAGAAAGGUGGUGAGAAUGAAGACGACACACAGACCCUGCUCACUUUGGAGGAAGUAGUCCAGAGGACAGGCAGUGCCAGCUGCCGACUCCCUGUGAGUGAGAAAGAUCCAGAGCCUGCUGGGCCUGAGCUGUUGGUCACCGUGGAACAGCCUGUGCCCCGGGUGCCCUGCCUGCCCCCUACCGUGCCACCACUUUACCCACCAGGGCCCUCUGGGCAAGUGGCAGAGACGCCAGCUGAGGUAUUCCAGGCCCUGGAGCAGCUAGGGCACCGUGCCUUCCGCCCCGGACAGGAGCAUGCGGUCAUGCGGAUCCUCUCUGGCAUAUCCACACUGCUGGUGUCACCCACCGGUGCUGGCAAGUCCUUGUGCUACCAGCUCCCCGCGCUGCUUUAUGCCCGGCGGAGCCCCUGCCUCACACUGGUCAUCUCUCCCCUCCUGUCUCUCAUGGACGACCAGGUGUCUGGCCUGCCCCCAUGCCUGAAGGCAGCCUGCAUCCAUUCAGGCAUGACCAGGAAGGAACGGGACUCUGCCCUGAAGAAGGUUCAGGCGGCCCAGGUGCACGUUCUGAUGCUGUCACCCGAGGCACUGGUUGGGGCUGUGGCAGGGACCCCUGGCUCCCUCCCUCAGCUGCCUCCCGUUGCCUUUGCCUGUGUCGACGAGGCCCACUGCCUGUCCCAGUGGUCCCACAACUUCCGGCCCUGCUACCUGCGUGUCUGCAAGGUGCUGCGGAAACACAUGGGUGUCCGCUGCUUUCUGGGUCUUACGGCCACGGCUACGCACAGCACCUCAAGAGACAUGGCUCAGCAUCUAGGCGUGGCUGAGGAGCAUGUCCUCAGAGGGCCAGUCACCAUCCCUACCAACCUGUACCUCUCUGUGUCCACGGACAGGAACCCAGACCAGGCUUUGGUGACACUGCUGCAGAGUGAUCGUUUUCGCGACCUGAACUCUGUCAUCGUCUACUGCAACAGACGCGAAGACACGGAGCGCAUUGCUGCGCUGCUCCGCACUUGCCUGUGCCAGGCCCCGGAAGCUGUGGCCGAAGCCUACCACGCCGGCAUGUGUGCCCGGGAGCGGCGGCGGGUGCAGCAGGCCUUCAUGGAGGGCCGGCUGCGGGUGGUGGUGGCCACAGUGGCCUUCGGGAUGGGGCUGGACCGGCCAGACGUGCGGGCCGUGCUGCACCUGGGGCUGCCCCCCAGCUUUGAGAGCUACGUGCAGGCUGUGGGCCGGGCUGGACGGGACGGCCAGCCCGCACACUGCCACCUCUUUCUACAGCCCCAGGGUCAGGACCUGCAGGAGUUGCGUAGACACGUGCAUGCCGAGGCCUCCGACUUCCUUGCCGUGAAGAAGCUGGUACAGUGCUCGUUCCCACCCUGCACCUGCACCCAUGCCCAACAGCCUCCAGAGCAGGAGGGAGCCAAGAGCCAAGAGAGGCCUGUGACCGUGUCCCUGAGUGAGGCCAAGCAAGCCAGCAACAAAGGCCUAGCCCAGUGCCUGGGUCAUGAGCGGGCACUCCCAGUGCAGCCGCUGGUGCAGGCCCUGGACAUGCCUGAGGAGGCCAUUGAGACCCUGCUGUGCUACCUGGAGCUACACCCACGGCGCUGGCUGGAGCUGCUGGCACCCACCUAUGCCUACUGCCACCUGCGCUGCCCUGGGGGCCUCCCCCAGCUCCAGGCCCUGGCCGGCAGGUGUCCUCCACUGGCGGUCUGGUUAGCCCAGCAGCCACAGGAAAACAUAGGCGAAGGAAGCUAUUCCGUAGAGUUUGACGUGGUUAAGUUGGCCGACUCGAUGGGCUGGAAGCUCGCCCCUGCAAAGCAGGCUCUCCGUCAACUGCAGUGGUACCCAGAGCCCAGGACAGGUGCACAUCGGGACACAGGGGUGCUGGUGGAGUUCCGGGAGCUCGCCUUCUGUCUGCACAGCCCCGGAGACCUGACAGCCCACGAGAAGGACCAGAUCUGUGACUUCCUAUAUGAACGUGUACAAACCCGUGAGCAGGAGGCCCUGGCACGCCUGCGACGCACCUUCCAGGCCUUUCACAGUGUAGCCUUCCCCAGCUGCGGGCCCUGCUUGGAGCAGCCUGAUGAGGAGCACAGUGCCAGGCUCAAGGCUCUGCUCAGCGGCUACUUCGAGGAAGAGGGGCCAGGAGGCAUGGAAGACGAGCAGGGCCCAGAGCCAGGACAGGCCAGGAUCCAGGACUGGGAGGACCAGAUACGCCAGGACGUCCGCCAUCUCCUGUCCUCGUGGCCAGACCAGCAGUUCUCGGGCAGGGCUGUGGCCCGUAUCUUCCAUGGCAUCGGAAGCCCCUGCUAUCCAGCCCAGGUGUAUGGGCGGGACCGGCGUUUCUGGAGAAAACACCUGCAUCUGAGCUUCCGUGCCCUGAUGCGUUUAGCUACAGAGGAGAUCCUGCUGUGGGGCCACUGACCACCCUGCCGCAGGCCAGCCCUGCUCCCCCAUGUCACACACAGGGGGCUGUGUGGCCACCGUGCCGAGGGAGCCAGGUGUGGCAGUUUAUCAGGGAAAAGAGAAGGGACAUUUGUGGCCAAGAUAGUGACUGACUACCUGGGCAAAGCCCACCACCAGAAGCGGGGCAAAGAGGCCCCAAAACGCGGAAUAAAAAAUGCUCAAGUC